CAUCCGAGUACCUCAAUUUCAUUCUAUUUCCUCUACACUGUCGUUACGCAUUGUCGUGCAGACGACGAUACCCUGUCUCUGUGCUUUUUCCGUUUUUUCGUGUAUUCGGGUUAUUGGGAACCUCCUCACCUUCCAGUUUCGCCCAUAUCUGCAACCGAGAUCAAUCUUCACCAGUUUGAUCUUCUGCAAUUUCUUGGGCCCGUCUCUCUAUUUUUGAUUGAUUGUGUACUUCGUCAGAAGUAUGCUCCCGAAAUGUGGAAGCAUUUAAGGUGCUCCGUGCCACAUCUUGACGAGCUUUCUCUGAAUCUGUUGUUGAAUGCUGAUAUUGGCUGACAUCGCGAACUCGAUUGUAUAGAAUCCGAGGAGGUCUGGGCAUUCUCUUACCGUUUGCUUCUAAUUUGUACCGUUUUGCUUCACAAUAUUGCAUUUCGUUGAUUUGUUGGUAUAUUAGGUAAAGGGUCUGUUUUGAGAUUUUGGUGAUAUAUGCUCUGAGUUCUUUGCUGGGGUUCAAAGCUUGUUUUGGGUUCCUUUAGUCAAUUAGAAAAAUGGGUUUGAGUGAAUUUUUGUUACUGUGAGAAGUUUUUGGUGUGCCUUUCAGUUUGAUAAAGAUGAAGAGGCCGAAAAGCGAGCCUCCCGGAGCAAGAAGGUUCAAGUUGUCGCAUUUUUUAUUGGGUAUAGCGGUUCUAUACUUAGUUUUCAUAUCCUCUAAGUUUCCUCAUUUCUUAGAGAUCGCAGCGAUGUUGAGUGGGGACGAUAGUUAUGUUGGGACGGAUGGGACAAUGAGAGAGGACUCCGAAGAUCCGGAUUUAAGCAAACCUUUCUUUGGUUCUGUUUAUAAGGAUGCUUUUCAUCGGAAAUUAGAGGAUAACCAAAACCAAGGCGCCCCAUUCAGGCCUAGCCAGGAACCACUGGAAGAGAAAAAAAGUGCGUCUAGACCUAUAAAGCCGCUGCAGCAUCGAUAUGGUCGAAUAACCGGUGAGAUUAUGAAGCGGAGGAACAGAACUAGUGACUUGUCAGUGCUCGAGAGAAUGGCGGAUGAGGCUUGGACAUUGGGCUUAAAGGCGUGGAAAGAGUUAGAUAAGGUAGAUGAAAAGGAGACCGGAGAAAGCUCUAUAAUUCAGGGGAAACCUGAGGCAUGCCCUUCAUGGAUAUCGAUCAGUGGGGAAGAAUUGAAGGGAGACAGGUUAAUGAUUCUUCCAUGUGGACUCGCUGCUGGAUCUUCAGUUACAGUGGUUGGAACACCCCAUCAUGCUCAUCAGGAAUAUGUGCCCCAACUUGCGAAGUUGAGGAGUGGUAGUGCCAUGGUUAUGGUUUCACAGUUCAUGGUUGAAUUGCAGGGGCUGAAAGCGGUGGAUGGGGAGGAGCCACCAAAGAUUCUGCACUUAAAUCCUCGAUUGAAAGGUGACUGGAGCAAACGGCCAGUCAUUGAGCAUAACACCUGUUAUAGAAUGCAGUGGGGAAAAGCUCAAAGAUGCGAUGGUUUACCUUCCAAUAAUGAUGAUGAUAUGCUAGUUGAUGGACAUGGGAGAUGUGAAAAAUGGAUGCGGAAUGAUAUUGUUGACUCAAAGGAGUCAAAGACAACCUCAUGGUUUAAGCGAUUCAUAGGGCGUGAGCAGAAGCCGGAAGUUACCUGGCCAUUUCCUUUUGUGGAGGGCAGACUGUUCAUCCUAACUCUGCGUGCUGGUGUUGAUGGGUACCAUAUUAGUGUUGGGGGCCGGCAUGUGACUUCAUUUCCUUAUAGGACUGGGUUCACUCUGGAAGAUGCAACAGGACUAGCAAUUAAAGGAGAUGUGGAUGUCCACUCAGUUUAUGCCACGUCUCUCCCUACUUCUCAUCCAAGUUUUUCACCUCAUAGAGUAUUGGAGUUUUCAGAGAAGUGGAAAGUCAAUCCUCUACCCAAGAGCAAGGUUCCACUCUUUGUUGGAGUGCUCUCUGCUCCUAAUCACUUUGCUGAACGCAUGGCGGUUAGAAAAACUUGGAUGCAAGCAUCUGCAAUCAAGUCCUCGGAUGUAAUUGUUCGAUUCUUUGUUGCAUUGAAUCCAAGGAAGGAGGUGAAUGCAGUGCUGAAGAAGGAGGCUGCUUACUUUGGUGAUAUAGUGAUUUUGCCCUUUAUGGAUCGCUAUGAGCUUGUUGUUCUUAAAACUAUUGCUAUCUGUGAGUUUGGGGUUCAGAAUGUGACCGCUGCGUACAUCAUGAAAUGCGAUGAUGACACAUUUGUCAGGGUGGACACCGUAUUAAAAGAAAUUGAGGGUAUCUCCUCUAAUAAAUCGCUAUAUAUGGGUAAUCUCAAUCUCUUGCAUCGCCCUCUUAGAAGUGGAAAAUGGGCGGUCACAUAUGAGGAGUGGCCAGAGGAAGUAUAUCCUCCUUAUGCGAAUGGGCCUGGAUAUGUAAUUUCCAGUGAUAUUGCUAAAUACAUUGUCUCUCAACAUGGCAACCGAAGCCUAAGGCUCUUUAAGAUGGAGGAUGUGAGCAUGGGAAUGUGGGUCGAGCAAUUUAACAGUUCCAAGGCAGCCGUCCAGUACUCGCACAGCUGGAAAUUUUGUCAGUAUGGAUGCCUGGAAAACUAUUUUACUGCACAUUACCAAUCGCCAAGGCAAAUGAUCUGUCUUUGGGGCAAUUUGGCGAGAGGUCGGGCUCAUUGCUGCAACUUUAGAUGACAUUGAAUAGAAACAUAAACUUAUAUCACACUCACCUUCCUCCUCCCUCCCACACACAAAUUUUUCACCCACCUUUGUGCUGAUCUUUGUCCAUUGUGGUCAGUGUCUGGGUCAAAUUAUGAACCUAAGAUUGAUUAUGCUAAUCCAUUUUCCACAAUGAGUUCUACAGAGUAUUA